AUGCGUUUCUCCCUCGCUAUCGCCGCAACUUUCAUCUCCCUCGCUGUGGCACUACCGACCAAACGCGAGCUAGUAGCCCCCUUCAACAACGACGCAGGCGAAGGUCUAAUUCCUUCCAUUGGCCAAACAGUCGAUGGACUGUUCACCGCCGGCGGCGAAUUAGUUUCGGGAUUUGUGAAAGCAGGCGGCGACGACGACGACUCUGAGAACACCAAAAGAGAGCUAGUUGCUCCUUUCAACAAUGAUGCUGGUGAAGGCCUGAUUCCUUCUGUUGGUCAAGCGGUUGAUGGGCUUUUCACCGCAGGUGGCGAAACCAUCUCCGGAGCAGUCAAGGCAGGCGAUGACUCUGAAGAUGUUAGCAAGCGUGAGCUCGUUGCUCCUUUCAACAAUGAUGCUGGAGAGGGUCUUAUUCCUUCUAUUGGCCAGGCAGUGGAUGGACUGUUCACUGUAGGCGGCGGAGCUGUCUCGGAAGCUGUGAAGGCGGGUGGUGACUCUGGCUCAGAGUAA